AUGUUGGAGUACUCCCUCAACCUGCAGAGUGUCAGUUUUUCAGCAGUGAGGACGGUUCGUGUGCUGAGACCACUGAGAGCCAUCAACCGAGUGCCAAGUAUGCGUAUCCUGGUGACCCUGCUCCUGGACACCCUGCCUAUGCUGGGCAAUGUGCUGCUGCUCUGCUUCUUCGUCUUCUUCAUAUUUGGCAUAGUGGGCGUCCAGCUGUGGGCCGGCCUGCUCAGAAACCGCUGCUUCGUGGAGGACAACUUCUCCUUCCCUCUGUCUGUGAAGUCGGAGAAGUUACCUGAAUACUACCACACUGAGAAUGACGACGAGAACCCCUUCAUCUGCUCUCAGCGCCGGGAAAAUGGCAUGAGGGACUGCAACUCCGUGCCUAAGCAAUAUGAGGGAGGCCUGCAGUGCAACCUGGACAUGGACUUUUACAACAGCACCGACAACACCACUUGUGUCAACUGGAACCAGUACUACACCAAGUGCACUGCUGGUCAGGUCAACCCUUUCAAGGGAGCCAUCAACUUUGACAACAUCUGCUAUGCCUGGAUCGCCAUCUUUCAGGUGAUCACUCUGGAGGGCUGGGUGGACAUCAUGUACUUUGUGAUGGAUGCUCACUCUUUCUACAACUUUAUCUACUUCAUCCUGCUCAUCAUUAUUGGCUCAUUCUUCAUGAUCAAUCUGUGCCUGGUGGUCAUAGCCACUCAGUUCUCCGAGACCAAGCAGCGGGAGAGCCAGCUGAUGAAGGAGCAGCGGGUGCGCUUCCUGUCUAACGCCAGCACUCUGGCCUCCCUCUCCGAGCCAGGCUCUUGCUAUGAUGAGCUCCUCAAGUACCUGGUUCACGUCAUCCGCAAGGGGGCCAAACAAGUGGCCCAUAUCUGCAGGCUCGUGGCUCGCCGCGCUGGGCUCAACAUAGCUGCCUCGCCCCUAGCCACGGAGCCACAACGUAGCCAGAGUCGGAGAAGGAGGAAGUCCUCCAGGCAGGGAUCCAUGUCUAUUCAUCACAUGAUGCACCAUCAUCACCACCACCACCACCACUACCACCUGGGAAAUGGCAGCGUGAGGGGAGGAGUGAGCCUCCAGUGUAUGGAGGGUAGGGAUGUGGAAGCUGGAGCUCAUAAUAACAACGGAGGGGCUCUUGUUGCAACAACUGGCAGUAGCCAUCUUGCUUUGGGGCCACCAUCUACUUUGACAGCAGCCACUUCUGAUUCAAACUUAGCCACUUUGUCCAACCCUGCUGCAGGUGCUGUCGGUUCAGCUUCAGUGUGCAGUGUAUUCAACGUAGAAACUCUUAGCGUUACCCCAUCGCCCACAUUCAUGGGGCCAACUCCGUGCUCCUUCACCCUGGCCCCCGCUCCUGCAUCAAGGGCCAUGAAAAGGAAUUCCGUUCCCUUCGCUGCGCCAGGUCCUAAAAACUAUCCCACCCUACAGGCCCGGGUCCUAGCAGAGUCCAGACGAGGAAGUCUUGCAGCCAGCACUUUGACAAACAUCAGCUUCAACCUCAAUAUCCCACCCAUGCCCCUGGGGAGACGGCCAUCGACCCUGGUGGACACACACAACCCCACAGCCCAGCUCUCCUGCCAGCUGUCGGCUCGUGACCUCAGCACCACCAGCAGCACCAUAGACACCGCCGCUUGGACAUUGGACCCCGAGAGCUGCCCCUACUGCGCCAAGGCCCUGGCCAACGAAUCGGAGGGCGGCAUCGAUACACAGGGCGACUCGGACAGCGAGGGCGUCUACGAGUUCACACAGGACCUCCACCUCAGGGACAGAAGAGACAGCCGUCGGCCCAAGAAGAAGCAGUGCAGCCUGGGCAAAACGGCGGGGAAGGUCGUCCACUUCUGGAGGCUGGUGUGUGACACGUUCAGGAAGAUCGUAGACAGCAAGUAUUUCGGACGUGGGAUUAUGAUCGCCAUUCUGAUCAACACUCUGAGCAUGGGGAUCGAGUACCACGAGCAGCCUGAUGAGUUGACCAACGCUUUGGAGAUCAGCAACAUCGUGUUCACCAGCCUCUUCGCUCUGGAGAUGCUGUUGAAGGUUUUGGUCUAUGGGCCCUUUGGCUACAUCAAGAACCCCUACAAUAUCUUUGAUGGCAUCAUCGUAGUCAUCAGUGUUUGGGAGAUUGUGGGUCAGCAGGGUGGCGGCCUGUCGGUGCUGCGGACGUUCCGGCUGAUGCGGGUGCUGAAGCUGGUGCGCUUCAUGCCGGCCCUGCAGAGGCAGCUGGUGGUGCUGAUGAAGACUAUGGACAAUGUGGCCACCUUCUGUAUGCUGCUCAUGCUCUUCAUCUUCAUUUUCAGUAUCCUGGGGAUGCAUCUGUUUGGUUGUAGGUUUGGGUCAGAGAGCGAGGAGGACACUCUGCCGGACAGGAAGAACUUUGAUUCUCUUCUCUGGGCCAUAGUAACGGUCUUCCAGAUCCUCACGCAGGAGGACUGGAACAAGGUGUUGUAUAACGGCAUGGCCUCCACGUCUCCAGUGGCUGCCCUCUACUUCAUCGCACUCAUGACCUUCGGGAACUACGUCCUCUUCAACUUACUGGUGGCCAUCCUGGUCGAGGGUUUCCAGACGGAGGGAGAUUCCCAGCCGGGUUCAGAGAUCGGUUCCAUCGCACGUUUGGAGGAUGUGAACGACAGCAAGAGGGAUUCAUCGGCUUCUGCAGUGGUGCCUGUCAAUGGUCAUGUGGACCUGAAGACCAGCCUGACACCACCUCUAAUUACUCACACGGCCGCCACCCCCAUGCCAAUACCCAAGUUGCCAGUCGGAGGUGAUCCCAUCCUGGGGUACGAGGCCCGUCGAGGCAGCAAUGUGUCCGUAGACCCAGCCUGCUAUGACAAAUCACAGACCAGUGCCCGCAGUGCUUCGCCUCACGCCCCUUGGACCGCCGGCAGCGGCUGGACAAGCCGCCGAUCCAGCUGGAACAGCCUGGGCCGCGCCCCGUCGCUCAAAAGGCAGAAGCGGCAGUCUGGGGAGCGCCGCUCGCUCCUCUCCGGGGAGGGCGGCUCCAGCUCGGAGGAUGGCGAGGGUGGAGGUGGGAUGAUGGAGGAUGACAACACCUCCCUGGCCAGAACGGACUCCAUGUCGCAGAGAGGUCCCCGACAUCGGAGGAUGGAGUCGGUGGAGACUCGGAGCUCCAUGGAUCUGCCACCUGAUGCUCUCCUGCAGGUGCCCUUCCUGUACCGCUCAGCAAGCAUGCACAGCUCCAGACCCCCCUCACUGGGCGCCCUGCGGCCCCCCGAGCACAACGACUGCAACGGAAAGGGCUCUCUGUCCGCCCUGGGCCCGACACAUGUCUCGCUGGAGGAGAACACAGAAGAUGACAACGCAGAGGAGGAGCCCAACCUGGGUCGUUUUGCCAGAUUGGUCCUCUGGCUGGAGAAGAAGCAGCCUGAGUGGUGUCGACAGAGAGACACCUGGUCACUCUACCUCUUCCCUCCAGAGUCCAGGUUUCGGAUCCUGUGCAAAAGGUUCAUCAGCCACAAGAUGUUUGACCACGUCGUUUUGCUCAUUAUCUUCCUCAACUGCAUCACCAUUGCAAUGGAGAGGCCUCGCAUCGAACCCUCCAGUGCUGAGCGGAUCUUCCUCACGUUGUCCAACUACAUCUUCACGGCGAUCUUUAUAACUGAGAUGACAGUGAAGAUCGUAGCUUUGGGCUGGUGUUUCGGGGACAAGUCCUAUCUGAGGAGCAGCUGGAACCUUCUCGACGGGAUGCUGGUAAUGAUUUCUGUCAUCGACAUCCUGGUGUCCCUCAUCUCCAACUCGGGUACCAAGAUCCUGGGCAUGCUCAGAGUGCUGAGGCUGCUGAGGACCCUGCGGCCGCUACGAGUGAUCAGCAGAGCCCCAGGGCUGAAGCUGGUGGUGGAGACUCUGAUGUCGUCACUGAAGCCCAUCGGAAACAUUGUAGUCAUCUGCUGCGCCUUCUUCAUCAUCUUUGGCAUCUUGGGAGUACAGCUCUUCAAAGGGAAGUUCUUCUUUUGUCAAGGACUAGAACUUCAAGUAAGGAACAUCACCAACAAGUCAGACUGUGUGCAGAACAGCUACAAAUGGGUCAGACACAAGUACAACUUUGACAACCUGGGACAGGCCUUAAUGUCUCUAUUUGUUCUGGCGUCAAAAGACGGCUGGGUGGACAUUAUGUAUAAUGGACUGGAUGCUGUAGGAGUGGACAAACAGCCAGAAUUGAACCACAACCCAUGGAUGCUGCUUUAUUUCAUCUCUUUCCUGUUGAUUGUGGCCUUCUUCGUGCUCAACAUGUUCGUGGGCGUGGUGGUGGAGAACUUCCACAAGUGCCGGCGCCACCAAGAGGCUGAGGAGGCCAAGCUCAGGGAGGCGAAGAGACUGAAACGCAGGGAGAAAAAGAGACGGAAAGCUCAGAGUAAGCCUUACUAUUCGGACUACUCCCCCACCCGACUGCUCAUCCACAAGAUGUGCACCAGCCACUACCUGGACCUGUUCAUCACCAUCGUCAUCGGGCUCAACGUCAUCACCAUGUCCAUGGAGCAUUACCAUCAGCCCCAGGAGUUGGAUGAGGCAUUGAAGAUCUGCAACUACAUUUUCACCCUCAUCUUUGUCCUGGAGGCCGUCUUAAAGCUGGUGGCUUUUGGUUUCCGACGCUUCUUCAAGGAGAGGUGGAACCAGCUGGACUUGGCCAUCGUGCUGCUGUCCAUCAUGGGCAUCACUCUGGAGGAGAUUGAAGUCAACGCCUCGCUGCCCAUCAACCCCACCAUUAUCCGCAUCAUGAGAGUGCUGAGGAUCGCACGAGUUUUGAAGCUCUUGAAGAUGGCGGUGGGGAUGAGAGCUUUGCUGGACACGGUUAUGCAAGCCCUGCCUCAGGUGGGGAAUCUGGGUCUUCUCUUCAUGCUUCUCUUCUUUAUCUAUGCAGCACUGGGAGUGGAGCUGUUCGGUGACUUGAUUUGUGAUGAGCUCCACCCAUGUGAGGGUCUGGGCCGCUACGCUACAUUUAAAAACUUCGGCAUGGCGUUCCUGCUGCUCUUCAGAGUUUCCACCGGAGACAACUGGAAUGGAAUAAUGAAGGACACGUUGAGAGACUGCGCCCAGGACACCAACACCUGCUACAACACUGUGGUCUCUCCACUCUAUUUCGUCUCCUUUGUCUUGACUGCUCAGUUCGUCCUGGUCAACGUCGUCAUUGCCGUCCUGAUGAAGCACCUGGAGGAGAGCAACAAGGAAGCCAAAGAGGGAGCCCUGCCUGAGGCAGACUUGGAGCUGGAGCUCCAGACAGAUGGAGGAGACCUGGCAACAAGGUCCCCCCAGCUGAACCCUCUGGCACUGGGCAUGGACAGGUUGAGCUCUGGUGGUUCGCCCCGGAGGUUCCCCGGAGCAGGGGACAGGGAACAGGAGCGGGACGGACCGAUGGACUCGCCCACUGCUGACAUAACCAGAGAUUCAGUCAACAUCAGUGCAGAUCCCCCUUCGUGUGUUGAUCCCCCACUGGAGACAGAGCAGCUCGAUCCUGGGGAGCCACGGGGGGAUAACCUGCUGAGCGUCAGGAAGCCCACAGUGGGACGCACACACUCCCUGCCCAACGACAGCUACAUGUUCGCCCCCCAGCAGCCCUCUGACCACACAGCCCCGGCUCCAGCACAGCUUCUAGCACAGGGGCCCCAGCACAUACAGGGCACCCAUAGGUCCCAAUCAGGCUCCAGGGCCUCGCUGCGGUCGCAGCCGGAGGACUUCUCCCAGCAGCUGACCGUUCCCACAGACCUCUUCAGACCCAUCAGCCCCCACAGCCACUCAGACUCAGAGAGUAUACCACGCCUACCCCCGCCCAGGCACACGCACACACUCAGCCGCACGCUCCGCAGACAGGUUGCGGUGUCUACCGACUCUCAGGAGGCCCUGUGCCCGGGCGGAGGGGGGAGCAAUGAAGGACUUGUGAAUGUGGCUUCUGUGGGCCUCUCUACGUCUCCCUCCUCCUCCCCUUCCCCCACCCGUCCCUCCCCCUGCUCCCAUCACCCGCAGCAGCAGCAGCAGCCGGCACUCUGCCUGGUUCCUGCCACGCCAGGCGCCUCCCACAAACCCCAAAGCUCCGGCAGCGUGCACACCCAGCACCAUGACCAGCACUGCCUCGCCUCUUACUCCCCUUCCUCCGUUUCCUCCUUCUCGCCUCCUCCACUUCUACCAGUGGGGCCGCACCAACAGGAGGCCUCAGUGGAUCAGGAAGUGUCCCUCAUCACCUGCGCUGCGUUGGCUGGCAGGGAUGAGGUAACGGCGGAGGACAGCGGCGAUGGUCAUGAGGGUUACAGCUCCUACGCAGGCUGCCAGGAGGGUCGAAGUCCGUGUCUGAGGCAGCUGAAAAGGUUCCACAGCGCUGACACGCAGGGCCGCAGCACCUUCCUGUCCCACCCCCGCCCUUUCUCCUGGCUUGACGACCCUCGCCGCCACUCUGUGGAGGUGUGCUCCUCAGUGGAGUCCAGUCCCCAGCGCAGCACCACCUCCACCUCCUCCGGCUUUGUGUCCCGGGCCAACAGCCUGCAGAUCCACAGCCAGACCCCCACUCAGACCUCGCAACCCUCACCUCGACGCAAGAAGAAAAUGAGCCCGCCCUGCAUCUCCGUUGACCCCCCUGACGGACUGGAGUCCCAGUCUGGCCACUACCCGGGCCUUGGUGGGCUCGUGGGGAUAGGGAUGCCCCCUCCUCUGCCCAGCCGGGACACCUGCCUGAGGAGGAGAGCGCCCUCCAGUGACUCCAAGGACUCCUUUGACCUGGGAGUUGGAGAGGGCUCGGGGCAGGACGGAGGCUCGCCAAAACCCAGCCCCAACCCCAAGCUAUUGACUCUUCCCAGUUUCUCCUUCGAGAAGACAAGCUCGGAGCACUGAACAGUCCGACACACACAGACACACACACACACAAACAUAGCUGGAGGAACCCUCCACACACACAAACACACGAUGCACUGUGUGUCUGUGACGGUGAUAGUUCUAGUAAUAAUGCUGUAGAGAGUAAUAAUGGUGAAACUACAACAAACAGUCAGAAGAUCCUUGGUUACAUAAGGAGUGCAGUACUGUAGUAGUGUGACCAUCCCUUGUCUUUGUAUUGUUACUUUCAAAACAAGCCAGAGAAGAAGAGAACUCAUGAAACGACAAACUGGACUUCCCCUCUCUUCUGCUACGCCUGCAUGCCACCGGCUGCAGCUCGACCCCAUAACCUCUGGAGCGACAUCAGCGCUGGGGAUUCGGCGCCCCCUUGUGGUCUCUGUCCUGACUGCCUGGUGUUGUACAGCGUGGACUUUGGUCGGUGGAGGUACAAAGCAAUAUGAACGUUUUAGAGACACUAUUUUCUUAAAUUAUUGGGCCAUAGUGUUUGUACAGGAUGUCGUUUUUUAAUUUCAUUUCGAUUGUUAUUUGAAUGUUUUUGUGAUGUUCUUUUUUUGUGUGUUAAAAAUGGUUUGUCUAUGUCUUUUUUUUCACUGUAGGAUAUUUCUAGCUUUCUUGGUUUACUGAGGAAAGUGAACGUUUUUCAAAGUGCUGAAAACCAUGUAUUUGUAGGAAUAAUAUAUAAAUAUAUAUAUAAAAAAAGGAGUCAUUAAACUGA